AUGCAGCGUCUGGUAGCGGCCCGGAUCGGGGCACGUGCUGCCCUUGGCCCGCGGCGUGGCCCGUCGUCGUCGCCGCCCUCGCCCAAGACACCUUCGAGGCCGCUACGGACGGCCGCCGAGACGCUGCCGUCGUCGCCCAUACGCGUGCUCCGCGCGGUCGAGCAGGUCCGGCGAUGGAGGAAGCCGCUCAUGGUCAACUACCGCAGCGUUGGACUGGUCCCCACCAUGGGAGCCCUCCACCGGGGUCACCUCGCCUUGAUCCGGGCCGCGGCCAGGGAGAACCACCACGUCGUGGUGAGCAUCUACGUCAACCCGGCCCAGUUCGGCGUCACGGAGGAUCUGUCGUCGUACCCGGUGACGUGGGAGACGGACGCCGCCGCGCUGGCCGAGCUCGACCGCGAACUGGCCGACGACGGGGCCAACCUCGGGCGCAUAUCCGCCGUCUUCGCGCCCACCACCCCGGAGAUGUACCCGUCCGGGUUCCCGGGCCAGGCCGUCGACAGCAAGGGCAGCUUCGUCACCAUCACGCCCGUGGCCGAGGUCCUCGAGGGCGCCAGCCGGCCCACCUUCUUCCGGGGCGUCGCCACCGUCUGCAUGAAGCUCUUCAACAUCGUGCAGCCGGAGCGCGUCUACUUUGGCCAGAAGGACGUCCAGCAGACGCUUGUCAUCCGACGCAUGGUCAGGGACCUCAUGGUGCCGACGGAGGUGGUCGUCUGCCCGACCGAGCGCGAGGCCGACGGCCUGGCCAUGGCCUCGCGCAACGCCUACCUCGGCACGCGCCGUCGCGCCGUCGCCACCGUGCUCAACGCCGCUCUGCGGGCUGCCGAGGGCGCCUACCGCGGCGGGCGCACCGAUCGCGCUGCCAUCCUCGGCGCUGCCGAGGCCCUCUGCGCCGCCGUGCUCAGGGCGCAGAUGGACAUGGGGCCGAGCGAGCGGGCUCGGUUCGAGGUCGACUACCUGUCCCUCGCUGAUCCCGACUCCUUGCAGGAGAUUGGGGCUGUCGAUCCGGCAACCGGUGCUGUUUUGAGCGGCGCCGUGAAAAUGUUGCCUGUGGAGGAGCCGCGCGAGGGCGAGCAUCUGGGCCAUGGCGGCGGCCCUGCGGUCAGGCUGAUUGACAAUAUCAUUCUGCCGCCCAGGUCGACCUGA